CGUCGGUGUUUUUGUCGAAAGCGUUUAAAUUUGCUGCGUUUAUUACCAGCUUUAAAUGCAGUUGUCUGUGUUGUAGCUGUUGCCGUCAUGGUGGUGUUUCCAAGCUCCCUGACAGAGGAGGAGGAGGCUCUGCAGAAGAAAUAUGCUAAACUCAAGAAAAAGAAAAAGGCGCUGCUUGCAUUGAAGAAGCAGAGUUCCACCAACCAGACAAACCAAAGUGGCUUGAAACGGACUUUGUCAGACCAGCCUGUUGUUGACACUGCGACAGCAACUGAGCAAGCAAAGAUGCUGAUCAAGACGGGUGCCAUCAGUGCCAUCAAAUCAGAGAACAAGAACUCUGGCUUUAAACGCUCUCGAAUGCUGGAAAUAAAGCUCAAGGACCCAGAGAAAGGCCCAAUUCCUGCUUUCUUACCGUUCCAAAGGAGUGUUUCUACAGAUGAAGAACAACCUGAGUCUGGGAAAAGAGCCCAACGGAAGUCUCUGUAUGAGAGCUUUGUCAGCUCAAGCGACAGAUACCGAGAUGAGGAGGACGGAGGCGGCAUGUCAACCAACCGUGAAAUGGACAGAGACCGAGACAGAGACAGAGAGCGGGAACGAGACCGAGAGAUGGAUAGAGAGCGGGAAAGGGACAGAGACAGAGACAGAGACAGAGACAGAGAGAGAGAUAGAGACCGGGAGAGGGAACGAGAAAGAGGCAGGGACAGAGACAGAGAUCGGGAACGAGAGAGAGACAGAGACCGAAGCAGAGACAGGGAUCGAGAUCGAGACAGGGAGCGGGACAGAGAAAGAGAUGGACCGUUCAGACGGUCAGAUUCUUACCCAGAGCGCAGAGGGGUACGAAAGGGGAACACGGUGUACGUUUACGGCUCUGGGCUCAGCGAGGAAAACCUGCGAUCUGCUUUCUCGCAACACGGAAGCAUCAUAGACCUCUCCAUGGACAACCCUCGCAAUUGUGCAUUUAUCACCUUUGAGAAGAUGGAGUCUGCAGACCAGGCUGUAGCUGAGCUGAACGGAGCCACGGUGGGAGACGUUCACAUCAAAGUCAGCAUCGCCAGGAAACAGCCCAUGCUGGAUGCUGCUACUGGCAAAUCUGUCUGGGCUUCACUGGCUGUGCAGAACAGCACUAAAGGCUCCUACAGGGACAAGAGGAACCAAGUCGUGUACAGUGAGGAUUUCUUGGGAAACUGAAUUGGAGAAAAAAAUGUUUUUUUUAUUUUUGCAUAUAGCCUUUUAUGUUUUUGUUUAUUUCGCUAGCUGCAUUAAGUGUCAGUGUUGCAGCAUAAACACAAAAAAGACAUAUUUUGUCUGUAUGUGAUGCUGUGUGUGGCUCAUGAAACUAGAGAUACUGUUAUGACCUCAAUAAAAAGUAUCCACACGAUGUUAA